CAACAACGAUGCCAUCGCGCUCACCAUGAGUCGCUGGUCUGCUUCCCAGGGAGUUGUGUUAACAGCUUAUCACCCCAGCAGCGGCAGUCGUAGCAGCAACACCCCCCGCCACAGUGCUGAUCAUGCCGCGGCAAGCACCGCCAAAGAGGCUGCAGACACGGCCCCCUUAAGCCGCAGAUCUGGCCAAUAUACAAUGAACCAUGAAAACUCCAAGAAGCCCUCAGGGAAGCCACUUUCUCAUCAUUCAGGUUCUCAGGAUUCACUGGAUGAAUUAUCCAUGGAUGACUAUUGGAAAGAGCUUGAAAACAUCAAUGAAACCAGAGGCAAUAAUCAGGAAGAACAAGAAAUGGUUGUGGUGAAAGAACCUGAUGAGGGAGAAUUGGAAGAAGAGUGGUUAAAAGAAGCGGGUUUGUCAAAUCUCUUUGGCGAGGCUGCUGGAGAUUCUCAAGAAAGCAUGGUGGUUUUGGCUACACUGACCCGUACGCAGGCAGCAGCAGUACAGAAACGAGUGGAGACUGUCACACAGACGAUGAGGAAGAAAAACAAACAGUAUCAAGUUCCUGAUGUGAGGGAUAUCUUUAAGCAGGAAAAUGAGUCAGACGAAAAAGAAACCGUCAGUGAACACCAGCCUGUAAGAACAAAAGAAAACAAGGAUGACAUGCGGGAGGAAGGAAAUGAGGCACAUAGCCAACAUACAAGCAACAACAGCCCAGCAGAGGAAGUGCCAGUGACUGAGACAGACAUCAAUUUGGAAAUAUCGUUUUCUGAACAGGCAGCUAGUCUCAAAGAUGACCCAGUAAGCACAGUGUCAAAGGGCAAAGAUGACGACACACUCCUUCCUAAUUUCAGACUGCCAAAAGACAAAACAGGUAGAACAAAGAUUGGUGACCUUGCACCUCAGGAUAUGAAGAAAAUCCAUGUUUUGGCACUGAUUGAGCUGACUGCUCUCUUUGAUAUAUUUGGAACUGAGCUUAAGCCACAAAAAGCAAUAAAAAUAAAAAUAAAAGAAUCUGGUCUUUUUGGUGUUCCACUGUCAGUUUUGUUAGAACAAGAUCAGAAGAGGGUGCCAGGCAUCAAGAUACCACUUAUUUUUCAAAAACUCAUUUCGCAGAUAGAAGAGGCAAAGCUAGAAACGGAAGGCCUUCUUCGCAUACCGGGUGUUGCUGCAAGAGUAAAGAACCUUUACCAGGAGCUAGAAGCAAAGUUUUAUGAAGGAACUUUCAACUGGGAAAAUGUGAAGCAACAUGAUGCAGCAAGUCUUCUAAAACUGUUUAUCCGGGAGCUGCCUCAGCCUCUGCUCACUGUGGAGUAUCUCAAGGCUUUCCAGGAUGUGCAGAAACUUCCAAAAAGGAAGCAUCAGCUGCAAGCACUGAAUCUUUUGGUCCUUCUUCUUCCAGAGGCAAACAGAGAUACCCUAAAGGCACUGCUUGAAUUUCUUCAAAGGGUAAUUGAUCACCGAGAUGAAAACAAAAUGAACCUAAAGAAUGUUGCCAUGGUUAUGGCUCCAAACCUCUUCAUGUUUCAUGGUUUGGGCUCCAAGUCCAUAGAACAAAACGAGUUUGCUAUGGCGGCUGGGACAGCAGGUGUCAUGCGCUUCAUGAUUAAAUUCCAAAACCUACUUUGGACUAUUCCUACAUUUCUUGUGAACCAAGUAAGAAAGCAAAAUGCUGAAAGUCAGAAAAAGGAGAGAAAGGACAAAGCGAUGAGGAAACUGCUGAAAAAAAUGGCUUAUGAUCGAGAAAAACACGAGAAGCAAGACAAAAGCAUCAGUGAUGUAAAAAGUGUCAAUGAUGCUGAUAUUCCUCAGGGAGUAAUACGGGUGCAAGCACCUCAUCUUUCCAAAGUUUCCAUGGCAAUCCAGCUGACAGAAGAACUAAAAGCUAGUGAUAUAGUUGCCAGGUUCCUCAGCCAAAAAAGUGGAAUGGUCCAAACUGUGAAGAAAGAAGAGGUGUUUUUAUAUGAAGUCGGAGGAAAUAUUGGUGAACGUUGCUUAGAUGAGGAUACCUACAUGAAGGAUUUGUAUCAACUAAACCCAAAUGCUGAGUGGGUUAUAAAAUCAAAAAACUGCUGAUCUUCUUGAAUCUAUAAAGGAAGAAAUCCUAUGGACUGAUUUUAUGUUAUACUAUAAUGUUCAGACGUACCAAAAUAAACAGGAAGUGUAUUCAUUUGUUACUGAAUGUAUUACACUGUCAAAGGCUGUAUUGUCAUUGCUACAGUUGGCUUUCAGGAUGUUUCCUUCCCUUUCUCCCAAUUCAGUGCGAGUUACUGUAGGAAGACUAGUAGGAUAGGUAGCUAUCAUAAAUUUCUGAGUUUAGGUAGCUAUGAUAACUUUCCGAGUUUGUUGGACAAGGACAGUAUAUACAGUUCUUUUGUCGUGGGAAUUAUUGUGCCUUUGGUAUGGUCCCAUCUAAUUACUUUUACCUUUAGAUUGCUUGUUGUAUUUUCAGUUUUAAAUGAAGGGCCAAUUUUCUUAAAGACAUCCAUUUUAAAAUGGUUAAAGGAAAAGCAUUUCUCCAUUGGCCCAAAUACUCAAAAUAUGGUGCUUGUACGCCAUACGUACACAGGGCAAUGGCUGUGCAACAUAUGUAAUGCAAACUUGCGGUGCUGUGAAAAUGAUAGCAUCGCUUCCUCUUCCAUGUACCAAAGUAAAUCCAUGUUCUUACUGUCCUGGGUUGCAACCACUUCUUCUCAAUUCUUAAUGAGCUACAAAUAUAAACAUUCUAGGAUAAAGGAAAGAGAGAAUAAGAGAAGCAUCACAAGUUAAGCAUUUCCUUCACACAAAAUACUUUCAUGCAGGAAAUAGUGUGAAAUUUGUGUAGAUCCUCCUGUGUCAUGGAAACAUCGCAAAAGGUGUGCAGUAUUCACACUGGGCAAUCUGUACAUGUUGAGAAAAGAAUAACCUGUGAAGUGUGGCCCUGAUUGUCAUGGCUAGUCAUUUAAUGGACAUCAGUCAAGAGUCAGAUUUCUUUCCUUGCAUGUCUUAGACAUAUCCAAAGAUAGCAUUCUCAAUAUAACAUCUAAAGCUCGUGACACCAUUUAUGGUAAACCAUCCAGAGAACCUUGGUUAUUUGGUGGUAUUGAAGUGUAGAAAAUAAGAGCAUUCAUGACCUUUUGAUGUUGCUUCACUCUCAUCUUGAUGCUUACAAUGUAUUAUUAAACAUACUCCGUCAUUGUUAUGCAUUUUGUGUAGAUUAACCUGGCUGGAUGCCAUCUCACUAAAACUGUGGCUGUUUUAUGAUCCCUGGGCCGUAUUCAAGCAUUGUUUCACCAAAAAGAGCUACCACCAAAAACUAUUCAUUUGUGGUUGAAGAUAAAACAUGUCUAAGAGAAUUUAAAUAUGUGUUUUUCUCCACAGUGAACCACCAGGGAAGGUAUGGCUAAUUGUAUUCAGAUAAGUGCUUACCUCUAUAUGUAUCUGAAUGCUUGCACAUUUUUGUUCUUUAUAAAACCAAAUUAGCAGAAUUUAAGUUUUGUAAAAGUAUAUCAAAGAUAACAUUUCCCCCCCCCCCAGGAGUUUGUAGCACAUAGGAAACUGUCAAUAGAGGAAGAAAUGUAUUACUAUUGGGAUGCACAUUUUAAAGAUGCCUCGUCAUUACAGCACAGGACUGUUCCUGUUACUAUUUCAUGGCACUAGCCAAUUAGCCAUGAGUUUUUGUGUCAUUGAAGCUAUUGCAAUUUCUCUGGCAGAGCAACACACCUGCAUGAGUUUUGUGCAGACAACAUUCCCAGUGAAUUGUGCUAUAAUUUACAUCUAUAAAACCAUGUUAAGGAUUACCUUCCAAGUAACAGGAAAGUUUAUAUGAACAUGCCAUGAACAAUAGAAAUGAAAAAGCAGCAACACCAAAUGAGCUGGUUCUUUGGCAGGAAUUGCCAGUUGGCAUUUUAGGAAAAUAAAGCGAGGAAACGAAAACCCACCUUGAGCAGUAUGUCUCUACUGCUACAUCCCAGUGUUUACCAGUAGGCCUUUUUAUCUCUGGAUUUAUCAGUAUACAGUUUCCGUCAGUAGUUCCUGAUAGCAAACUGUGGGUUGAAUCCAAUGGAAAAGCAUGCACUAGUGGAACAGAUUCACUUCUUCCUCUGAAAUCCUUCUUGCAGACGAUUCUCUAUGGCAGAUUUCGGGGGAUCGGGCUCGUGGGGAGAGGGGAAAGGAAAGUCCUGUUGUGUAAGUGAAAGUCUGCUUGUGUAACACUGGAUAUAGUCCCUCCUCACCAACCAUCUCGGACAAAUGGGAGAUAUUUAUGAAUCUAAAACCUAGUUUUAAUGGUAGUAUAGGUGCACAAUAGAGUAACUGCCUUUGUAGCUCUUCAUAGUCCUUAGCUGCUCCAAACAAGAUUGAAUUAUAAAGGUAAUUUGAGGGAUUUGAAUGAGGAACAUUUGCUGCUUCUGAGAACAGCUAUAGUGGUCGUUUAAAAACAAACUUACUUCUAAUAGUUGUAGAUUUUUUUUAAAAAAAAUUGUUGCUGGGUUAGUGCCAUUAUCUUUUUAUUACUGUUUGAAAAAACUCUUUUGUACUUAUAUGCAUUUUCUUAAUGCUGUUCUAAUUUGAAUUAUUAGAUGUGUACAUGAAGUAUACACAAAAGAUACACUGACUAGUUGUUGAAUCGGCUCCCCCCCCCCCCCCCCGGUUUGGUUUCCACACUUGUGUAGAUUUGUAUAUAAAAUGAGAUG